UAAGGGAAUGUGUGUAAAGUAAUUAGUAUGCUGAGUCUCUGCUGGGGAUGAACCUCAGGAAAUCGGGCACAAACUCGUGUAAAAGAUAAACCCGCUAGCAAAGCUAGAAGGAAGGCCAUACAUGUAAUGACGUAACACCUCUGAUGACAGACACAACUUGCUGAAGUCAUGGCAAAAACUUUAAGGAAUCUGAAAACGUUGAGACGAAUUUUACCCUGGGAACAUGAAUUUUCAUUGUGUCACUCCAGAAGCAAGCAUCUGUCAGCCACUCUUGGACAGAGGAUAUGUUGUCGAGUAAUGUGUACCAAAACGGACUCGAAGGAGAAAGGGUAUAUCUACGUAGACAACAAAAUGUCAACAGAGGCCAUUGAAAACUCAGCAUGGAGUUGCCGUCUUGCUAACGAAAAUGGAUACCUGUCCUGGUGCCGGAAUGCGUACCUGAUGACAGGUGUUGGGGUGGGAAUGUUGUACAAAGGACAGACCGCUGUAGCUGAAUUAGCAGGAUAUUCAGCCAUGUUCUUGGCAGGAGUUAAUGUUCUUUGGGGGACAUAUGUGUUCGUUUACAACCUACUGUACCUUAAGGACCGCGUCGGGAUGACGGGAGGUUUCGUGGCGCUACAAACUCUCUCAGCCAUUGCUCACGCCAUUCUCUACGCCAUGAUUCUGAUUGUCUUCUCUGCUGAAAGUGACAAAUAUUUUCAACAGCAUUCAAAGGAAAUCAGAAGUGACUAGGGGAACAAACUCUACCACUCUAUAUUGCCAUGUCAUGUGUAAAACGCUGUGUAAUAUGCUCUAUUUUAAGGAACGUAAGUUUUGUGCAUGAUUUAUUGACCUGUAAGGAGAAACCCUAAUAUACUGGAUAUGUUAGUUUUUAGAGCUAUGUGUAUAAUUUUAUGAAUUUAUUAUCAACUUAAUAUCAUGUUCUUUAUUUCAUCUAAUAGUGCAAUAAACUUUGAAGGAAUGAAAUUCAUUUCAAAUGUUUAUUUAGUUUUUUGGUUUCAUGAUGCAUUACAAGUGAAAGGCCAUAAAAAGAUUUGUUUCUUUUAUGAAAUCAAUGAAUAUUUACUCUGUCUUUAAAGCUUUUAAAUCUAAAGUUUUAAAUUUACUUGCAUUUUCACAUAAAUUAUUUCUAACACUUGACAUCAUUCGAGUACAUGACAUAAAAAAAUGAGACACAAUUUGUAAAUUUUACUCAAAUUUAUUAAAACUAUCUAGCCAGAUUUUUGCAAUAUAUUUCAAUUAACUUGAGUCAAUGCAGAUGAAUACCCUUCCAAUUUUUUUCAAAUAUAGUAUGAAGCAUCUUUGGUACCAGGGGGCGUUAAUUUUAAAUUGGAGGACCCCUGCACCCCUAGGACAAUAAGGGGGACAACAACUGUCAAAUAUUGACAUAUUUUUUAAAACAAUCUUCUUCACAAUCACACAUCUUUAUGAAAAACUAAAUGCAUAAUUAUGUAGAGCAGGAAGGCUUCUUACGAAAUUGUAAAUUCCAUAAUCCCUGGACUAUCUAGGUUCUGACUCUGGGACAGGGCCAAACUUGGCAUAUAGUGUUUAUGUGUAACACUUUAGAUCAUAUAUAACAUCUUUAAUGUUAUUGGUACUAAAUUGAAACUAAAUAGAUAUAUCAGAAAAAGCAUGUUGCCCUUUACCAAUAUUGUGAAUUUCCUUACCUUAUGGCAGGGGUUUUGAGAUGGGAACAGGUCCAAAAUGGUCAUAGUAAUGGUGUUACGUUGUACAAUAUGUAAUUGUGUAAUUUGUAUAGUUUGAAUUUUUUCUUCUUUACUUGUGCUGAUGUUGGCUAGGAGCUGAAUGCAUUUCGCAAGCUAGAGCAUGACAGUCUCUACCAAACUGUAAAUUUCAGGAAAAGGGUUCUGACUCUAGGGUGGGUUCAAAAUAGUCAUGUAUAGUGCUAAUAUAUGUAUGUAUAAUAUAUAAAGUCUUUCAUCAGUGCAGACACUUUCAGUGGUAUUUGUGUUGUACGAGCACAUCUUGUUUUAUGCUACUACUGAAUAUUAGACUUUAGCUUAGAUCAUGUAUGCAGAAUAGGAAAAUCAUUAUAGAUUUCAUAGCCCUUGGGACCAGCAAUACCUUUAACUAAAUAAUAUUCAGGUGAUCAAUACUACCUGUGGGCUUCUUGUGUUGUUUUUUCUCUCUCAUGCAACUUUGGACAAAUUAAAUGUACUGGAAUAAUA